UCACUGGUAUGAACAUAUUACAAUGUUGUUUAACAUUGUCAGUAAUGAAAAGUUUAUGAUUUGUUAUCAAAAUUUUAUUGUACAUACAUAAUUAUAUAAUUGCAUUUUCUUAUUAAACAUGGUAUUAUUACAUUCAUAUACUAUUUUACGGCUUGCGCGCUGCAAGACCAGUGAAGUAACCAGUUUUAUUUUUCGAAAUAUUUCAACAAGUUCUAAACUUGCUCUGUGCUCUUCAAUUGAUAAUUUAAAGGAUAAAGCUUCUAAUAAAAUUCCUAAUGAUUGUCGCUUCGCAGAAAAUAUUACGUCGAAUGGUAAAAGUUAUAUUGGAGGGUUAACGAGUGACAUUUCUGAGAAAAACAACGAGGAUAAUAAAUAUGAUGCUCAUAACGUUGAUUUGUUAGAUACACAUAAAUAUAAACUGACUGAUGCUUUAGAGGAUAUAGAUGAAAAACUACCAGGACCAUUGGAUCCUUGUAAUGAAGAUCUUUCUCAUAUUGGACCUCACAUUACAGCAACUUACAAUCUUGCAAAAUUUGCAGAUAAUUCAUAUACACUUCAGCAGUUAGUUAAAUUAGGCGUUGAAUUAUAUAAAUUAGAAAGUGAUAGAGAUGUAACAGAAAUGUUACUGACUUUAGAUUUUGAGAAGGACAUCAAACCAUAUAUACAGUUUUUACAUGACUGUGGUGUAAUGCCAGAAAGACUUGGUUACUUCAUUACCAGAAAUCCUAAAAUCUUCAAGGAAAAUAUGGAUGAUCUUCAUACAAGAAUAAGAUACUUAAGAGCUCAUAUGUUUUCACCAGACAUGAUAAAAUCGAUAGUAAACAAACAUCCUCCUUGGUUGUCUUUCAAAACAAAGAUUAUAGAUAACAGAUUAGGUCAUUUUCAGAAUGCUUAUAAACUAUCAGGAGAACAAGUAAGACAUUUAACUGUAACAUGUCCAAAACUUAUAACAUAUGAUAUGAAUAGAAUAAGAAAUAGUAGUUUUGCUGUUCAAGAAGAAAUGGGUUUUAAUUUGAUUGAAGCACAACUUAUUUUACUCCAAGCACCUAGAGUGUGGAUUCGAGCUAAGGUUGAAGUGGUAAAAACUUUUGAUUAUGCUCAUAACAAAAUGAAAUUGUCCCACAAAACUAUUGCUGUACAGCCAAUAAUCUUACUAUGUAGACAACAUAGACUUCAACGGAGGCAUGAAUUAUUAGUACACUUACAAAAAGAUCAAUAUGAUCCUUUGAAACCAUUGUAUGUUUCACCUAAGGUCUUGGUUACUGGUACAGAUGUUGAUUUUUGUAAUAAUGUUGCAAAAUGUUCUAUUGAUACUUACAAUUUGUUCUUAAAAAGCUUUUAAUAUAUAAAGAAAUAGUUAAUGCAUA